AUGGUUGACGACUCAAACUAUCUUACACCACAUGAAACUGCAUUAGCGGUGGUGGCCACUGCAAUGAAGAAAGCAAGACUGCAACUAGAUACAUUGCUAAUAAAUUCCAUACUUGGUGGCGUUCUGUUUAGUAGUGGUUCGUUCCUAUUGGUAGCGGUAUAUUCCGAAGAUCCUGACAUAGUCGCACGAAACCCGGGUAUUGUGAAUCUUAUUACUGGUGUUAAUUUCGCCAUGGGACUAUUCUAUGUAGUAAUGAUGGGUGCUGACCUCUUCAACUCUAAUAUCCUAUUUUUCUCCGUUGGAGUUCUGAGAAAAGCAGUAACUAUCUAUGAUUUGAUGAUUUCGUGGGUUGUCAGUUGGUUAGGUAAUAUUGCUGGCUCACUUUUUGUUUCAUAUCUUUUUGGUCAUCUUUCUGGUAUUAGUUCUCAGAAGCUUUGGAUAAUAGGCUCACGGCAAAUCAUAGAACAAAAAGUUUCAUAUUCAUUCGUCCAAACCUUUUUAAAAGGAAUAGCGUGCAAUUUUUUUGUUUGUUUAGCCAUAUAUUUACAGUUAAUGGCAAAACCUAUUCAUGUGAAGUUUAUUCUAAUGUCAUUCCCUAUCAUUGACUUUAUUGGUAUCGGAUUUACACAUGUAGUCGGAGAUAUGUCUGCAUCUUUCAUUGCAAUGCUUAACGGUGCAAAUGUUUCAGUGGGUAAAUAUAUAUGGAAACUACUAAUUCCCGCUUCUUUAGGUAACAUCGUUGGAGGACUCUUUUUUAGUGCAGUCGUUCCCUUCUACUUACAUUUGGUGGUUGUGGAACGUGAUAGAAAGAGAUUAUCUUUACCAGAAUACGAAGCAAGAGAUGAGCAACCAGAACUGAAUAUGGAUUCAAGAGUUGUAAGAAUACAAAAAAAUGAGUGUGACGAUGAUGCAACUGAAACCGGUGAAGAUCUUGAAAACCUUACUGAAAAGGGCUUUGCAAGCAUUUAUAAUACAAAUCACGAUAACUCGAGCUAUUUCACCGGCAGAAGUCUAAAUUCGCUUCGAUCCAUACCUUCAUCAGUUAUAACUUCCGACAAUGUUACAAUGGAAUCGGACUUGGGAGAACCCGUACAAUUCAUACCUAAAAGUAACUCUACGACAAGAUCUCCACACCUGGGGUUGCCUCACAAUCUGCCUCACAAUCACUCGAUCAAAUCUAUUAACAGGCACCGUAUUAACAAGCGCCACAGUUUGAGAUCGCCGCCUGGUGUCUUUCCUGUAAGGGGAAUGGGGGAACCGCUAGAAAGAGAAAAAACGAUUGAAGAUGCAACUUACGACCCUAAGGAAAAUGAGCUUUUCUUAAGAAGAGCCGAAACACAUAACUCCGCGUACGUGAAGAAUAAAAAAAAGGAGGAUGAUAACCUGUUAAGGCUAGUGAAAACUGAAGAAGAUCGUGAGCAAAAGGAGUACGAAAAAAAUGGUGGUUAUAAUAUUUUGGAAAAUAAACCAGGUACCAGGCUAGAAAAAAUAAUUACCCAUCUUGCUGAAAAUGUAUCUUCUAGGGAAGUGACGCCUCCGAUAUUACCUAGAACGACACAGGAUACUUUUCCUCAUAACGCUCCCGCCUCGUCUCCAGCAUACACAGACGAUGCUCAUUCAUUACGUAAAGCAAACAGUACCACGUUGGGCGGACUGUUUAGGGCGGUGUCGAAAGAAUUUCACUCAAGCAAGGAUGCAGAAAGCCCAGAUGACUUACUCAAAAAAAUGGCUGCUGUUGGCAUAAACCGCAAUGCUAGAAUUACAGCAAAUAAUGUAGCCGGAAUUGUUAACCUAAAUAAAGAGGACCUGGACAGCACUACAAGGCGGCAAAAAAUUACUGAGCCCAAAAACUUUUAUAAUCGUCACACAUCCCCCCAGUUAUGA